UUAGUAUGGCUACGUUUACGGUUACGAUAAUAUCGUCGUCGUCGUCGUCGUGUUAAAGACGAACUACGCCUAUACGGCAGCUAUAAGUCGCUGAUCUAAUCUACAAUUUGUGGUGUGAAACAAUUUAAAUCAGUGAAAAAUCUGUGGCUCGCUAAAGUGCUAAUUCCCUAAUUUAAAAGUAAAUUUAUGCUCGGUAUAUACUAUAUAUUCUAUAUAGUAUGUGCAUACAUAGAGAGUGAUAUUCGUAUAGCAUAUAUAUUAUGAUUCAAGCACAACAUAAUCAAGAUAAAGUUCAAGUGAUAAGCAGCGCAAAAAUUUAAAUAUGCUAAGUGAAUUGUGGCGUCGACAAUAAACACACAAGUGAACAUGCGAGCAUCAUACAUACUCAAAAAUGAUUGAAGAUUCUGGCAUGAGGUGAAAAGCCCAAUAAAAGAUAAUCUUUUAAUAACCAGCGACGCACAAGCGGCCAGGCAGCUUGAUAGACGCUGUGCCAACAAGACCCAGCCAAACUGUCAACAAAGUGUGUUCGCUCAGUCGGAUAGACAGCGAGUGUCUCCUGGGCGCAGUCAGAGUGAAGAACUUAAGUUAAGAUCACACGUAAUUUGGGCACAACAUGCCAUUCGAUCCGCAAAUGGUGAUGCGUGCGGUUGCUCUACAGCAUCAACUAACGGCAGAGCGCAACGAUUGCAGUCACUAAACCAAAAACACAAAAAAAAAAAAAAAAAAACAAAAAAACUAAAUAAAAUAAAAUAAAAAAACCCUAAGUCAAGCCCAAGAGCAAGUCGGAGCUAAUUGCUCGUGAAAGUUUUUUAUUUUGACAAUUAAGAAUUAUUGUGCAUAUCAAUUAUUGGGGCUCUGUGUGUGUGGGUGUGUGCCUCAGCCGGAAGAAUCCAAUGUGCUACUAAAAAAAAAAGAAAACAGACAUAAAAAAACAAAAUCGAGACAUACUAAAGUAUUCAAAAUAAAAUGGUGCAAGGCGAGGCGCCCGUGGAGGGACGGGUCACAGCUCGCAGCGAUGAGCAGCCGGAGGAGGCAACAGCUGCUGCAGCGGAAGCCCCCGAGGAGCUCCACAAGCUGCUCAACAAUGGCAAUGCCCACGAGACGACGGACAACAAGAGCAACAAAGGCGCCCAGGCACGCAUCAAGGCCAAGUUAAAACGCGAAAAGUCCGAACAGGAUCGCCUCAUGACCGAGGAGAUCAACAAGCUGCUCAACGAUAUGCCGCUGGAGAAGAAUGUGACAUGUGGCUUUUGGCUCUUUCGCGGCACUUUCUUUCAGCGCUUCGCCAAUCAAACUGCCUACGUCUUGCUCUAUGGCAUCGUCGGCUGCAUUUUCUCAAUGACGUACGCCUACUUUAAUGGCACCAUAACCACGAUUGAGAAACGCUUCAAGAUACCCUCGAAGAACACGGGCAUUAUAUCGGUGGGCAACGAUAUUAGCCAAACCUUGGUCUCCGCCGUGCUGGCCUACUAUGCGGGCAAGGGUCAUAGGCCGCGUUGGAUAGGAUUUGGUCUAUUGACUAUCGUUCUCUUCUGUCUGAUGACCACCUCGCCGCAUUUUCUUUACGGUCCGGGCGAGGAUGCUCUGGCCUUGACCAAGGAGUUUGGCGCUCUGCCCGACGAGAAUGCCACCAUGGAGGCCAUUGAAGAGCAGCGAUCGAAGACCUUGUGUCGCCUCUCGGGAGGUGGAGCCGAGUGCGAAGUGGGCGAGGGAAAUUUCGCACCACAAGUUUUGCUGUUUGUCGCCCAGUUCAUAUCUGGCAUAGGUGGCUCCCUCUACUACACUCUGGGCGUUUCCUAUAUGGACGAUAAUACCAAAAAAUCCAAGACUCCAGCUUUGCUCAGUCUCUCGUACUUUUUGCGAAUGCUGGGACCAGCUAUUGGCUAUGCUCUGGCAUCCUUUUGUCUGCGCCUGUAUAUCGCACCGCAACUGCAUCCGGUUAUCAACAACAAGGAUCCACGCUGGCUGGGCGCUUGGUGGUUGGGCUGGUUAGUCAUGGGCGGUCUGUUAUCAUGCUCGGGCAUCUUUUUGUCGAUGUUUCCCAAGGAGCUGCCCCGCGCCGCCGCCAGACGCAUGGUGGAGGAAAAACGACGACGCGAACGUCAUUCGCUCAAGCAAAAGGAGAGCACAGAGAAGGAGAAGCUCACAGCAGAUCUGGAAGCGAGAGCUGAGCAAUCGGCAGCAGAGCAAAAGGCUUCGUUCAAGGAUAUGCUGGUCACGUUCCGGCGUCUGACCACCAACAAGACGUACAUGUGCAACACGCUCUCGAACAUCUUCUAUCUGAUUGGGUAUACGCCGUUCUGGAUAUUUACGCCCAAGUACAUCGAGGUGCAGUACAAACAGUCGGCAGCCACCUCCAGCAUGGUCACGGGCACUGUGGCCCUAGCCUUUUCCGCCAUAGGCGUGCUGCUCUCCGGUUUCAUCAUAUCCCGCUAUAAGCCCAAGGCUCGCUACAUGGCCGCAUGGAAUGUGAUCUGUGCCGUUCUGGUUGUCGCUGGCGUUGUGACCUAUGCAUUCAUUGGUUGUCCGGAUAACGAGCGCUCGGUCAUUGUGAAUAUUCACAAUAGCGCUGUGAAUGACAGUGUCACCUGCAAUUCGGCCUGUUCCUGUGACUAUGUCCGCUACUCUCCCGUCUGUGGCGAGAAUAGCAUGACCUAUAUAUCCGCCUGCCAUGCCGGCUGCAAGAUGGAGCAUGUACGCCCCGAUGGCAAAAAGGUCUUCUAUGACUGCUCCUGCAUACCGGGCACAAGAAAUAGCACCUUCAAUCGCUUAACUCCACUGGAUUUGGCCAAUGAGGCGAACAGCAGAGAUCUAACGGGUAAAGCGCUGGAAACUGCCUUAUCCAUAGAAUACUUGGAGCAACUCGCCGCUGGUCAGGCCACGCCAGGCGCAUGUCCUGUCAACUGUUGGACGCAGUUCGUCGCGUUUCUCUCAGUGAUGUGCUUUCUGAAAUUCAUUGGCGCUGCGGGCAGAGCAUCCAAUUUCCUAGUAUCGGUUCGAUGUGUGCCAGAAAAGGAUAAGACGGCGGCCAUGGGCUUUGGCAUGAUGCUAUGCUCGAUGUUUGCCUUUAUACCGGGGCCCAUAUUCUUUGGCUGGAUCUUUGAUCGCAUGUGCCUGGUGUGGGGUAAAACGUGCACGAACAAGGGCAACUGUUGGCUCUACGAUCCAGAGUCCAUGAGGUACACGCUCAACUUUACGGCAGCUGUUUUCAUUAGCCUGGGCGCUAUCUUCGACUUUGGUGUCUGGUAUUAUGUGAAAGAUCUUAAGAUAUUCGACGAGGAGGUCAAGGAAGUCGAAAUGCAAAUAGUGCAGCACGAGGAGGAGGUCAAUGCUGAAAAGAAUACCGAAAUAUAAGUUACUAGAAUAAUUUAUAAAAAAAAAAAAAAACUAAACAUAUAUAUCUAUAUAUAUUUGUAAGAUAAUGUUAUCUUUAAGCUAAAGAUUGUGAGUGAUUUUGGUGCCUAUAUAUGCGAGAUUUUAAUGAUGCGAGUCUGUCGGUAUAAUAAACUAUUAUGACGCCUAAGAUCGUGUGAUAAAUGCAACCGUCAAGGCUCUUAUUUCACUAUACUAAGACAUACGUACAGUGGUCACACGUUAAGCUAAACCGCUAAGAAAUUCCAAAGAAUUCUGUAUGAAAAUCAAUAAAUUUACUUAGUGAUAAUUUAAAA